UUUUUAUAAAUUUAAAUAGUGAGAUUUACAACUCUUGAAUGCGUAAGAAUUGUUAUGUAUAUAUCAAUAUAAGAAGAGUUAUUUUAUAUUUAUAUUAUGUGAAUAUAAAUUAUUCGGCUGCAAUAUUCAUGGCAAAUUCCAUUUUUUUAAUUUUAUACUGUACUUAUACUUUACAAUGGCUGCGUUUCAAUAUUCGAUAUUCACUGCUAGCUAAAAAAAAAAAUCUAUAGUGCACGUGACAUAAACUAUAGAUUUUCAGUACUGGCAGUGAAUAUCGAAACGCAGAACGCAGCCAAUAUAUACUGACUGUAAACGUAUAGUCGCUGUGAUUUACUAUCACAGUCUUAUAAUCCUUUCUUUAAAUACAUGAUAUGAUGGAGGAUUAAAGAUAUACGAAUAUAUAUCUUACUAUAUACAUAUACAUAAUUAUAAAAAAUGGAAGAUUUAAUAAAAACGACAGAACACGAUUUAUAUUCGGCAGAAGACGAUUCUUUAUACAUCGCUUCAAAAUGUUGGGGACGCAUUACGAAUGCUGCUAUCAAGACUGGUUAUAGAGAAGGAAUACAGGACGGAGCGGACUCUGUGCUACAAGAAGGAUUUGAUAUAGGUUAUAAAGAUGGUUUUGAGACAGCUUUUAAAUUGGGAAAAUGCAAAAGUCUGGCUACUAUUUUAUCACCUACUUUAAAACAUCCUGCGGAUGUAGCCACUGUUCUCGAUAAAACUAGACGAGGUGCAUGUUGGAUAUGCAGUGUGGAAUCACAAAACAAAACUUCCAAUACAUAUGAGGAUAUUCAAUUUUCCGAAAUCCUAAAUAAUCAGAGAAUACACUCUACAGCAGUAAUAAAUAGGCUACACGAAUAUUUUGAACCAAUCUUAAAGAAAUCAGGCAUUGAGACUAAUAUAACUAUUUAAUUCUUUAAAGUAGACAGAUUUUAGCAUUUAUAACAAAUAAUAUUGGUUAGAUAAAAAAAAUAUUAAAACUACGUAAUACUUUUGUAAAUACAUUAUUGUAAAAAUUAAUUUCCCUAUAUAAAUUUUUAUUUAGAAGUUUGAGUAAUUAUGGACUCAAUCAUACAGAAAACCAUUAAUAACGAAUGUUUUUAUAAG